GUAAGCAGCUGGUAGGAUGACGUCAUUUACAUAACACCAACCACUGAAAUGAAGUCUGAUGCGGGAUUUGCUUGUAUUAUUAAUACGGAAUCAUUAAUGAGAAAUCUCGCGGGACUUCAUUAUUUACGCGGAUGAAAGAGCAUCAUUUUGUUUACACAGCCUGAUUUCAUAAUUUCUGCAUCGAACGAUGUUAUCUGCCGAUGAGAGAUCACAAAAGUGAGUUCUACAUGGAUACCUUCUAAUUGAUGACCUCAAUUUAAGAGUCAUUUAUUCAUUACUUUCUUGCUAUUGUUCGUCUCGAGCGAGGCCGAUUGCUAUUCAUCAUCAGAGGAAACGCAAUACGUUCAUCUUUGCUUCCAGUCGUUUCAUUAAACUGCAGCCUGUAAUCAGUGAGAUGAUGGGAAACUUAAACGGCCUGAGCUAGAGACUAAUCAAGCUAGGAUUUCAUCUGAAUGUAUGGAUAAAUAAAACAGUGGUUAUAUAAACUACGAGACGGCCUAUAAACAGGAUGGCUCAGGUAGACGAUACCGUCUUCUGCAACCACGACACGGCGGAUCUAAUCUCACCACCGACACCAGACGACGCCCACCGUGACAACAACGACGAAGACACCGUGAUUGCUCCUCUUCCUCCCACCGUAGAAAUCUCAUCCGAAGACAGCACAGACCCAAUGGCGUCUUCGUCGAUACGUAUCGUCGAGCCUCGGGAUCGAGGUAAUAUCAUCUACAUAUCCCUUUUGAUGGCUGGGAUCGGCUUCUUGCUUCCUUACAAUAGUUUCAUCACAGCUGUGGACUAUUUUCUGGACAAGUACCCAGGCAGUACUAUUGUCUUUGAUAUGAGCCUAACCUACAUUGUUGUGGCUUUUGUGGCAGUCAUAUUAAACAACGCUCUGGUGGAGAGUUUUUCUUUACAUGUUCGGGUGACCUUUGGGUAUAUUGUAGCUCUUUUAGCACUCUCUUUCGUAGCGAUCUUAGAAGUUGGUUUGGAGAUAUUCUCAGCAGGAACCAGUUAUUUCGUCAUCUUGGCUGCAGUCGCUACGGUGUCCCUUGGGUGCACGGUGCAGCAGUCAAGUUUCUAUGGCUACGCCGGAAUGCUACCAAGAAGAUUCACCCAGGCAGUCAUGACAGGCGAAAGUGCAGCUGGUCUCAUCACAUCCAUCAACCGUAUCGUCACCAAGCUCCUGGUUCACGACGAAAAGAUCAACACAUUAACAUUCUUCGUGCUCUCAGCCAUCAUGGUCCUAGUGUGUUUAGUGACGUACCACCUGGCAAGGAAGACGGACUUUGUCCGGUACUACAUGGUAGCGUGUACACGGGAUGGCUAUGAUGAACACCCACAGCUCAAUCAGUAUGAUCGGCUAACGAAUGAAAAUGACGAAGUACCGACUGAGAACAUGGGUGACAAUCAUUCGCCCAUGGAUACCAACAUCCAACAAGGCUCGGGAGGAAGAAAUAGAGCGCCACCAAUCGGUGUGUUUGGUGAGGAGAACAGCUUUGAGAUAGAAUUUCCCGUGCCUAGCCAGUAUGAACGGUUUCUAUCAAAAGCGCGCGCUGUCAAAAGGGGAAUCCGGAGUCGCCUUGAGAUUUCCCGCACGCUGUGGCCGUACAUGCUUUCCAUCGCUCUCGCAUACUUCGUCACACUGUGUCUGUUCCCUGGGAUCGAGUCCGAGGUUGUGAGUUGCUCCCUCCGAGGUUGGAUGCCCGUCAUUCUGAUGGCAAUCUUCAAUGCGACGGACUUCUGCGGAAAGAUAAUCGGCGCCGUACCAUACAACUGGUCACCCCGUAAGCUAGUAGUGGCAGAGAUGUCUCGUCUCGCCAUCAUCCCGCUGAUGCUGCUGUGUGUAGCACCCCGAGCCAACCCGAUCCUCCCCCACGAGGCCUGGUCGAUGCUUCUCUCGGGAAUACUCGGGAUUACGAAUGGAUACUUCGGCAGUAUCCCGAUGAUUAUGGCACCAGCUAAGGUCACGGAGAGCAGGAAAGAAUUGGCAGGAAACAUCAUGACACUAUCCUACAACGUUGGUCUGACAACCGGCUCUGCUACGGCAUAUUUACUGAACUACCUACUGGGAGCCAGUCCAUCAGUGAGCUGUGUGGUUCCUGUAACCGGAAAUACGUCACACUACCCACAUUAACUGUAAUUCUUAGUUAAUAAAAUCACGAUACGAAAAAAAUCAGCACUACAGAUGGAUUGCACAUGACGUCAAUGACCACCAUUUUUUAUGUAGAGCAAUGGAAAAGUGCACGUGUGUGAGAGCUGCGCAUUUCAAGCGCGCACAUUCAUCAAAGAUGGCGGCCAAUGCAGUAUUAUACUCUACUGCGCAUUACAGAUCGAGAAAUGUCAUGAAAACACUGAUUAAAAAGUGUGUCAUUAUACUACGGUGCAAAAACUAAAAUAAACAUUAUUGCUCCUUUUCCCAAUGCAAGUAAAUCACAUUCUUUUACAACGUUAUAAUGUGUUAAAACGACACUGGUGGGGCAUGUAUUAUGUAGAUAGGAAAUCAUAAGCGAUCGUCUCAUUUUAGAGUCGUGAGAUCCAAUCGAAUUUUGUUCCUAAUGAUCGAGACGUUGAGUCGUUAACCACCGGUGCUUUUCAGAGCCAACACUACUCAAAAAGAGAUGUUCACCUGAUGUUACCGCAAACCUUUUUGUAGUUCAUUAAUGUUAUUGACAAUACUAUGUUUAAUAUGGAACGUUUUUAAGCAUUAUCUGAAACUGUAGGCAAAACAUAACCGACGGGAAUAAGACAGUGGUGAAAGUCAAAUGUAACGAAAACAUGAACAUAGCAACAGAAAAACAACGUUGAUCUUCAGUUUUGCUUUAACUAGCUGUGUGAACGUUUAGCAGGACAAGACACAGUUUACAUCGGAACAGUCUUUCUUGAGUAAAGUGUCAUAGACAGUGCGAUUAUUUUAAAUUUAUGAAGAGUUGCAAUAAAUUUCAACUGUAAACAAGUAAA